AUGAACCAAGAGAUAUCAACGAGCCAAUAUUGUACAAGUUGUAAAACUAUAUUAGAAUACCCAGAAUCAUUUAAAGAAUCAUCAGGAAAAAUAUAUAAAACCUGCAAUAAUUGUAGAUUAAAAAAGAAAGAACGAAAAACAUAUUCUAAAAGAAACCCUGAAGAAAGACUGAAAAGAAUUCAAAACUUACCAAAAAAGCAAUGCUGCUCAAGGUGCAAAAGGACACAAAAACAAGAAGAAUUUGGAUACACUUCUAUAGGAAAGGCAUUCAAAACUUGUAAAAGUUGUAGACAACGAGCAGAGAAUAAAGAAUAUAAUUCAACACAAUAUCGAAUAGAAUUACAAGCACGAAAGAUCAUUUUCUAA